AUGUCACCAAUAGACCAUCGGGUGAUAGUUGAUUGGGCCGGGAUGUCAAUUGAAAAUAUAAAUAUGGUCGCAGUUGGCCUCCUUUCCCUUCUGCUUCACAUAGAUUCUUACCUCUACAGGAAGACUCGGAACUGCUGGGUCCCGGUCGGACUUGAUGACUCUGCUCGAAUGCGCUCAGCUACCCAGAAGCAGGAUCGAUCUCUAGUAGGGGAAUUGGUUUUCCUGUUUAUGAGGAGGAAAUCCUCGAUAAUGGUGGCUUCGAAAUUGCUGAUCGCUUCAAUCGCCAUCCUCCUUUUGUUCGUGGGGGUCUGGGCGGACGCGCCGACCCAAGAGGAGGUCGUGGAACCCGAAGACUUGGAUUCAGGGCUGAGACUGGAGUUGGAGCAGCUUAAGAGGAAGAUCUUUACCUUAGAAUCUAGUAAUUUGGGUAAAGAGCAAGAAUUGAAGAGCAAAGAUGAGCGGAUCACCUAUUUGGAGAAUAUCGUGAAAGAAAAGUCGAUGACCAUAGCAUCAUUACAGAGUGACAUUGCAUUGAUCCAGAAAAGGGGUGAUCUAGAUGCAAAGGAGAUUGUUAAAAAGGCACGAGCUCGAGUUGAUGAACUUGAGGAGCAGGUGGAAAAACUAAGAACUGAGAUUAAAUUAAAAGAUUCAGAGAGGGAUUCUUUGGAUGCUCGGGCCAAUGAAGCUGAAAUGAAAGCAAAAGAUCUUAGUUUGAAGUUGGAAAGUCUUCAAAAGACAAACGAUGAGCAAUACCGUAGAAUUCAAAAAACUGAGCAUGCUCUUCAGGUGGCAGAGGAGGAGCUUCUAAGAGUACAAUUGGAAGCAACAGCUAAGUCAAAGGAAUUAUCACAGGCUCAUGGAGCAUGGUUUCCUCCUUGGUUUGCUACUCACGCCUAUUACUAUAAGGAACUUGCAACAACUCACUGGAAGGAGCAUGGACAACCAGUACUAGAUGUCAUACUUCAAAAGGUAUCAGAGAAAUCAAUUCAAGCACAACAAUUUAUGGAACCACAUUUUGAAUCUUCCAAAACUAAAUGGAUGUUUCUUGUGUCAAGCACUGAACCUUAUGUGCAAACUGUGUCAAGUAAAGCAGCGGAAGUUUAUCACACAUCUAAGAGUGCCAUGUCCAGCCACAUAGCCAAAGUACAAGAAAUUUCAGAUCCUUAUUUCCAGGCUGCCAAGAGAUUUUCUCAACCAUAUGUAAAACAAUUUGCUACUAUUACCAAACCACAUUUUGAAAAAGUGCGAGUUGCUUUUAGUCCCUAUAGUGACUGUGUGAUUCAUGCUUAUGGAAAAUUUCUCGAAUCAGCCACAACUUAUCACCAGCAGGUCCAAGUUGGCAUUCAAGAACACCUCAAGAAAUAUGAAUUAAUAAAAUUUCUUGCUACCAAAGAGCUGGUGUGGUUUAUGGCCUCUACUCUUUUGGUAUUCCCUGUUUUCCUGGCAUACAAACUUUUGUCAUAUAUUUUGAGUUCUAAGAAAAAAAAAACAACAAAAAGUUCUCAUGCAACCCGACCACAUCGCAAGCCUAAGCAUAGGCAUGCUGAGAAGUAAAGUUUGUUCUGGGCUUCUUAUACUCAUAAGAUGGACAAAUGACUCGUAGUUGGUCAUGUACCUUGUUCCUACUUGAUAUCCACCGAAAAUUAUCAGGAGUUAGCAAUCCUAUUUUGCAGAUGAAUUAAGAUAAUACAUUAAAAAUUUUGUUGCAAAGAUGACCGAGUGCAUGAUAUAUUCGGUCAUUGGAUAUUUACAAAUUCAUUCUUGCUCUUGGAUUAUAUGUAAAGACUUUCAGCCAAGAGUCCCUGUUCUUAGGAUCUUAUGUUGGAUUAUCACUGAAGUGUCCAUUCAGAUGAAUAUAUUGAGAAGAAAGUAUUUUGAUAUGGGUCA